UUUGAGAUGCGGUAAUGAGAGUCUGUCCGCUGCUCAGCCCCGCCCCUCCUCCUCUUCGUGGGUGGAGUUACAUCCACCGACGUGCUAGUGAAGCUGGUUUCUAAGACAACCUAUAAAACAUGCAUUUGCAUUUGCGAGGCUUCUUUCACCACUACAUCCCCAGCGAAGUGAGAAGCAGGAAACUAAACUCACCGUCUGAACGCUGCAGGAGAGAAAAGUGUGAAACAACCGAGGCUUCCUGAACACACAGCAAACUAGAACGGAUGUAUGAUGCGUAAUACUUCAUCAGGACUGUAAAACUGAGCCGUCUUUUACCCUCAGCGACGCUGGGGCUGAAUUUUCUGCACAGAGACCUCUGACUUUGUUCCAUCAUCCACGAGAUGCAUAUGAAUAGCUUAUUAAAUCAAUGGAUGGACAUCUCCAGGAUGUGUGAUGUAGAUGUGUCCUCAGAGCCCACCAGUCCUACCCUGUACGGUGAGUCUUCAGACAAGUACUACCAUGUGGACCGCUGGCAGAAGCUCCGCACCGCCGUCCGCAAACUGGAAUUCUGGGAAAACUUUACCGCUGAGCUAAUCGGAAGCGGCUUUUUCUCCAAAGUCUAUAAGGUGAUGCACAACACCAAUCGGAAGGUGAUGGUGGUCAAGAUCUACAAGAACGACGUUGACCAAGACAGCAUCGUGCGAGAGAUAAGCCUGCUACAGAAACUCUCCCACCCCAACAUUGUCAGAUAUCUGGGAAUCUGUGUCAAAGAAGACAAACUCUAUCCGAUCUUAGAGUAUGUAAAUGGUGGCUGUCUGGAAGAGCUUCUGGCCAGGAAAGAUGUUCCCCUGUGCUGGAGAGAGAAGGUGGACCUGGCCUGUGACAUAAGCAGAGGAAUGAUCUACCUGCACUACAAGAACAUUUACCACAGAGACCUCAACUCAAAGAACUGUCUGAUCCGGGUGACAUCUCGGGGAAGGGAGGCCCUGGUGACAGAUUUUGGCCUGGCCAGGGAGGUGGUGGAGCAGCCAGUUAAAGAUCCUGGCAGGAAGCUCUCACUGGUGGGCUCAGCCUUUUGGAUGGCCCCUGAGAUGCUCCGAGGGGAGCCAUAUGACCGCAAGGUGGAUGUUUUCUCCUUUGGCAUUGUGCUCUGUGAAAUCCUGGCCAGGAUUCCUGCUGACCCGGAGAUACUACCCAGAACACAGGACUACGGACUAGAUGUGAAUAUGUUCAGGGGGCUGGUGACCGACUGUCCUGAGCGUCUCCUGGAGUUAGCAGCCAGCUGCUGUAUGGUGGAAUCCUUCAGACGGCCAGCGUUCACAGAGUUGCUGGAUGACCUGGGAGAAGUUGCAGAGACGCUUGAACCACCACCACAAUCUGAUCUGACCACAAGUUGAGUGGUCCGUCUGGGAACCCCACCUAUUCAGCAUCAGGAGAAGAGGGUCUGAGAUUAUUUGGCAUUGUCUGGACAGGAAACUGGACUCAGUCUGAGAAACACCUGAUCAGGUGUUCAGCCCUCUCUGGCAUCACUUUCUUCCUCCACUGCACAACACAUGACCAUGGUGGACCUUGUCUUCACUGAGGUGGUGCAGAUAUACAGUAUUAGAUGUGGUUUUGAUGAGCGGUGGAAACUGUUGUGACUUCUUAUGAACACUAUGCUUUGACACAUUAGUGUAUAUAUUAAUAGUUAGACUCAUAGGAGCGAGUAUUCAGUAUGUUCUGUUUCUUGCCACGUCUUACUUGACUAAAAUGUUACCCUGUCUUCCUUUCUCUGAUCCUCCUGUUCUUUGUGAGUGGUUUGUUUUGGAACCAAUGAGACAGAUGUUCAAGUCUGUUGAUGUGUUUUCUGCUUCCUAUGUCAACAUGCCUGUCCCUUUUGAUUCCACAGGCCAGGACUCUGGUUCAAUGCUUCUCCAACAGGAAAUUGUAUUUGUCGACUGCUCUCUACCGGGACUUUAACAUGGAAACUCAUCACUUCAUAUUAGAUUGAACACAAAACUGUUUGAGAAAGCAGAGCAGCCACUGAUACACACAACAAAUGCAGGACUAAUGAAGCAGGAGCUGAAGAGAUUAUAAUUGUUUUGUAUGCUCUGAAUAGUUGCACUUGAGGCAAAAACCUCAAACAUAGCAGGUCAAACCCCAAUUUGCCCUGUGUACCGGUUCACAAUUCAUAUUCAUGGUUAUGUGUUAUGUUGGUAUCAUAUUAAACGUAUUAAUAUUGAAAGCCUCCAACCUAUCAGCUUCAGCUACAGGGACACAGAAAAAAUCAUUUGUAGGGCUUUAGACUUUACUUACUGACUUUACUUAGCAUAACAACUUUACAUUGUUUGAGUUACAUGACAGAUGUUUCUCAAAAGAACCAUUAAUUUCUCAACAAUUUUUCAAUACCUGUCGGUACAAUCUAAUGUCCACACCUCUUUUUGUUUUGAUAUAUUUUGUCUUUUCUUUGGGGGUUACUUUACUUUGGUUACUUUGAGCUGCGUAAAUACUUAAGCUUCUCUUUUUCUCACAAGUUUUUGGGAUUGAACUUGUCUUUAAGUUUACCAGUUUUGACUUCUUUCUAGUUUGUGUGUGCUCUCCCAAUGAUUUUUCAGGCAGCUUCAAUACAAAAUGAACUCAGAAAAGCCACUUUUGGUUUCUGUCCUGUCAAAUUUAUUCUGCUUUUUUAAAUUUAAACAUGUAAGCUAGUUUUCAGACUCCAAAGAUACAGGUUUAGUUUUCUUGCAUAUAUACACAAAUGAUAAGAGUGAAACAAUAUGAAAGAGAACAAUGAAAUACAGAUGAAACACAGAAAACUGUCUUUUACACACAGAAAUUGUAUUGAGUUGGACAACAGACUCAUCAAGAGGAAGAAAAUGUAAAAGGGAAGAAAAAAUUCAAAGUAAAUUAUCAGUCAAAGUCACUGUUUCAGGUUUCACAUUACAUCAUAGAAAACCAGUGGAGCCAUAUUCAUUUAUUCUACUUGAAUAAAAAUUGGAAAAUAAAGUUUCAGUUCCAUUUCAUAUGAAUAUCUGUGUGUAAUUUAUUGGGAGACUGACUUUAUUUAUUUGAAUGACACCAAUAAUAAAACUGUUUAUAAAUGCUCA